ACCCCAGCGCGUGUGACUUGAGAACAUGGCAAUUCGCGCCCCGGCAAAAUUGGUGAGCGGGAUACCUAUCCUCAGAUGCUUCGCAGAGAACUGGGAGAAUGUUGAGGUUUUCCAGGCCCGAGAAGAGGAUCUGCUGAUAGACACCUACCCUAAAUCCGGUACCACCUGGGUGAGUGAGAUUGUGGAUCUGAUUCUGUGCGGUGGAGACACAGAGAAAACGAGGAGAGGAGCCAUCCAUGAACGGGUUCCCUUCCUGGAGUAUGCAGUUCCCAAUAUGCCUACAGGGACUGAACUCCUUAAUGCACUGGAGUCUCGCCGACUGAUCAAAUCGCACUUACCUGUAGAUCUACUUCCGAAGAGUUUUUUGGGAAAAAACUGCAAGAUCAUAUACGUGGCCCGGAACCCUAAGGAUGUGUUCAUAUCAUAUUAUCACUUUUAUCGGAUGGCCACUGUACACCCAGAGCCGGGGACGUUUGAGGAAUUUCUAGAUGAAUUUAUAAAGGGCACAGUGUGUUAUGGGUCAUGGAGCGACCACGUGAAGAGCUGGUGGAAAAUCAGGCACCAGAGGAAUGUCCUCUACCUCUUUUAUGAGGACUUAUUAGAGGACCCAAAGCGGGAGAUCAGGAAAGUGAUGAAGUUCGUAGAGAAGGAUCUGUCGGAAGAUGUUCUGGAUAAAAUCCACCAGCAGACGACUUUUACAGCUAUGAAAGAGAAUAAAAUGGUCAAUUACUCUGACAUACCCACCGCAAUCAUGGACCACACCGUCUCACCCUUCAUGAGGAAAGGAACCUGUGGUGACUGGAAGAACCAACUCACAGUGUCUCAAAAUGAAAUUUUCGAUGAAUAUUAUAAGAAAGAGAUGUCUGACACUGACCUGACCUUCCGCUUCUAGGCAUCCAUCCUAUCUCUGCCCGCAUUAAAUGCAACAUUUGCUCACUUUGAACAGAUUAAUUUGGGGAAAUGUGAUAUGGACUUGGCCACAUUGGCAGCUGACCCUUUCUCCAUCAUACUAGCAUACUACUAACAUUACACUAACAUACUACUAGCAUACUAGUGGCAUUCUACUAACAUACUACUAGCAUACUACUAACAUAAUACUAGCAUACUACUAACAUACUACUAACAUUUUACUAGCAUACUACUAACAUUCUUCUAACAUAAUACUAGCAUUCUACUAGCAUACUACUAACAUGCUACUAGCAUACUAUUACCAUGCUAAUAGCAUACUACUAACAUAAUACUAAUAUACUAAAAACAUGCUACUAACAUACUAUUAAUAUACUACAAGCAUGCUACUAGCAUACUAUUAAUAUACAAGCAUGCUAUAAGCAUACUAUUAAUAUACUACUAGCAUAAUACUAACAUACUAUUAGCAUACUACUAAUAUACAAGUAUAACAUUCUACUAGCAUACUACUACUAUACUACUAGCAUAUUAAUAAAAUACUACUAGCAUACUGCUAACAUACUACUAGCAUACUACUAACAUACUACUAGCAUGCUUCUACCAUGCAACUAAUAUACUACUAGCAUACUACUAAUAUACUACCAAUAUUCUACUAAUAUACUACUAGCUGUAGCAAUAAAAACAGUGCGCUCCUGAGGAACCAUGGGGGUGUUUAGCUUUAAGCCAAUGGAAGUCAUGUAUUUGGAGGAUUAACAAAGUGUGUCUUACCUGCUUGUUGAUUUCAGUGUAUUUCUCCCCUACAGCCUGGCACAGCUGAAGGCAUGCGACUGAUCAAAAGAGCUCAGUCACAUCUGUGGGGAACUUCCUUAUGAAGGCAAAGUAGGAGUGCCAUUUGCCUGUCGGUCUGGGAGAAGGAGGAGGAGCCUAGGGCAUAUAAGGUCUCCCUGGGCCAUUUGUCUGUAUGACUGACACCGGAAAAGCUGGCCGGUGACUAGGGAGUAGAUCUCUGUUAGUAAGUGAUAGGGCGUGAAUAUUUACUGUGUAAUGGUUACUGGUCUGCGGUCAUCCUGAUGAAAUAA